AUGCUGCCCCACAUCCCAGCAGCAGCAGCAGCUGCUGCUGCAGGCAGUCCUACAUCGCAGCACCUUCAGAGCAUACUGCAGCAGCAGCAACUGCAGCAGCAGCAGCAGCAGCAGCAGCAGCAAGUCACGCCCCAAUCCGUCCUUAUAUUUCAGCUUGCUUCUUUUCUUUAUGAAGAAGCCCGUCGGUUAGAGCAGCACGAGCAGCAGCAACAGCAGCAGCAGGGGCAUGUGGCUGACUCGAGACAGCAGCAGCAGCAGCAGCAGCAGCAGCAGAGGCUGCUUGAGGCAGCAAGAGAAGCUCAGCGACAUCUAAUAGCAGAGGGAGCAGCACCAAGCUGUAUUAGAAGCAUGCAGGGCCCCACACCUUUGUUCCCGUGUGAUGCACUUGUCUUACCUUACUGCAGCAGCAGCAGCAGCAGCAGCAGCAGCAGCAGCGGUUGGCGAGUGCCGCAGGAGAGCUGGGCCCCCGUGCAGUCUUUCUUGCUGCAGCUGCUCGUGCUGCUGCAGCAGGAGACAUCGCAACGUGUCUCCUUCCCGCCUUCUUUGCUGCAGCUGCAGCAGCAACUCUUACCCACCCCCAGGGCCCCCAGGUCUUUGCUGCUGCGAAUGUUGAAGCAGCGGAGACAUCAGCUGCUGCAGCUAGAAGAAGCUGCUGCAGCAGAAACAAAUAACAACAGCAGCAGCAGCAAUAGGUGCAUGCAUGCUGCAGCUGGAACGCGCUGCUGCGGCUGCAGCAGCAGCCACAGCAGCCGCAGCCACUGCCACAGCAGCAGCAGCAGCUUGUUUGCUGCUGCUGGUGAUGAAGGAUCUCCGUCGUUGGUGGGGUUAUGUGCUGCAGCAGUAUCAGGCAGCAGCAGCAGAUUAGUUGCUGCUGCAGCACCUCGCAAUUUGCUGCUGGCGCUGCGAGACAAGAGACGAAAUUUGGAGUGUAUGUACAGCAGCGGAGGCGGUGCAGCAGCAGCAGCAGCAGCAGCAGCAGCAGAGCGAGCUAGAAGCAGAUGCUUAGACGCUGCAUGCAUCGCUCCUCCCUCUGCUGCUGCUGCUUCCUGGAAGCCUUCAAUAACAACAACAGCAGCAGCAGCAGCAGCAGGAACAGGAACAGGAGGGGGUCGAGGGGGUGAGGCGGAGCUAUCUGCUGCUGCUGCUUGUGCUGCUGCUGCGCUGCCUCCGUCGCUGUGGUUUGCUGCUGCUGCUCGCUUUAGAAGACUAGUUAAUGUGUGGGGUCAUCAACAAAUGCUAGAAGAGGAGAUUCAAUUGAUUAACAGAAACCCGCAUCAGCAGCACAUCGUCAGAGACCCCUCGCCUGUCUCUCUCCUCAGAUUCAUACACUCAGGCUCAGUUGUACUGACAGGAGGCAUGGAGGGGCUGAUAAAGGUCUGGGAAUUCGCCUCAGGGCAGCUGCUGUAUUCAUUGCUGCAGCACGAAGGAGAUAUAACAGACCUGUCUGUACACCCUAAUGACUCUCUACUUGCUUCUUGCUGCGGUAGCGGCAAGGUGCGCCUCUGGCGGCUGCUGCCUACGUGGUGGUUUAGUGUGGGGUGUAUCGACACGGGGAGCAGAGUAACGCUUGUUAAGUUUCUUGCUGCUGCUUCUCCUGCUGCAGCAGCAACAGCAACAGCAGCAGCAACAGCAGGCCGUGCAGCGAGAGCAGCAGCAGCAAAAGCUGCAGCAGCAGAAGCUGCAGCAAAAGCAGCAGCAGCAGCAGGGGCAGGGGCGGACGCGUCUAUGGCAGCAGCAGCAGCAGCAGCAGCAGCGGCAGCAGCAGCAGCAGCUGCAGCAGAAGCUAAAGAGCGGGAGGAAGAGGAGGCAGCAGCAGCAGCAGCAGAGCUGCUGCUAGUUUGCUGCGAUCGCGACAUUCGAGUUUACUCACUGCAGCAAAUACUAAUUGCUGCAGCAGCAAAUCCUGGGGGUCUCCUUCAUGUCUCCCCGCUGCAGCUCUACCCCUGGGGCGCUGACUUCUUUCCUCAUGCUAUCGAUAUCACAAAGACGCCCUGGGGCUUCCCUUGGGGUCAUCUGGUAGCGCUGGGCUUAGAUGAAGACUCAGGAGAAGAGACAAGUGAUGAAGAGACAGGGAGACAGCAGCAGCAGCAGCAGCAGCUGCAGCAGCAACUGCAGCAGCAACUGCAGCAGCAGCAACGGGGGGCCGGGGGAUUCUCCAGCACCAGUCUACGCAGGGAGGAGGGAGGAGGCGGGAUCGAUCCCACAACACCCCACAACCCCACACUUCCCUUUCACCUGCAGCAGCAGCAGCAUCAGCAACAGCAACACUCACUGCAGCAGCAGCAGCAGCAGCAACACAGGAGACGAAUCAAACAGCGCAGCAAAACCCUUCUUUUCUGCAUUCCCUCAGCAGCAGAAGUCGCUAGGCUUCGAGGUGUACAGACACCCCAACUGCUGCCGGUCUUUGCUGAUCUAUCAGCUUAUCACGACGCCUUUCCAGAUGUUUGUUUUGCUAAUAGUUCGCUUGACUUGGCUACUGCUUCUGAUGAUGGGGUGUUGCUGCUGUGGCGUGUGUCUGCUGCUGCUGCUGCUGCUACAGCAGCAGAAGCAGCAGCAGCGGCUGAAGCAAGAGAAGCAUCGGCAGACGCCGCAGCAGCAGGAACAGCAGCAGCAUCUGCUGCUGCUGCUUCUCCUCCUACUCCUUCUCCUUUCUGCGAGACCUCAGCAGCACCAGGAUCAUCAUCAGCAGCAUCAGCAGCAGCAGCAGCAGCAGCAGCAGCAGGUCAACCCUCUACACCUCGGCGUCUAGAGGCACAUCAUAUAAGACGUGUUGCGCUGCUCUCUUUAAUUCGCGAACGAAUGCUGAAGGGGUUUUAUUCAAAGACAAACGCAAGAAGAAACAGCUUCAGCAGCAGAGACAGCAGGAGGAGACAGAGAGGAGCUAGCUGCUGUUCAGGAGAUUCUUCUUCAUCAUCAUCAGCAGGAGCAGCAGGCGGAGGCUGCGGCACGUCCGCAGCAGGAGCAGCAGCAGGAGCAGGAGCAGCAGCAGCAGCAGCAGCAGGGCUUGAGUACGGGGUCUGCAGCGUCUGCUUUAAUGCUGAUGAUACUUUACUUUGUGUAGCCGACAAAGUUUCAGCACCUCCUAGAGGGGCAUCGCGGGGAUCGCCUCCUCCAGCAGAGUUUUGUUUACCCGUAGACUGCGGUGUCUCUAUCUUUGCUGUCUCUUCAGGGCAGCGUGUUGCUGCUGCUCUUCAUGAUAAGCUCAGCAGAUCUGUCUCCUUGCUGCGAGCACACCCUGUGUCUCCUCAUCUGCUGCUGGCGGCUUCAUUUGGAGGAGAUGUUUGUUUGCUAUCUCUUGCAGAUGCAGCAGCAGCAGCAGCAGCUACUGCUUCUGCUGCUGCUGCUGCUGCUGACCCUACCACCACCAACAGCAGCAGCAGCAGCAGCAGCAGGGCCCCUGCUGCAGUGUCUGUGGGGGUACCUGUGCUGCGGCAUCUUCGCCUAGGCAUUCAGUGCUGCUGGCUUGAGGGGGACUGGUCGCCUUCAGGGUUUGCUGCUGCUCUUUCACAUCGCUUCGGCUGCUUCUCUCUCUUUGCAUGCGGAUCAUUGGAGGCGUCAGCUGCAACAUUCCCAGAGCAGUUUUUGUCUACUGAGUUAACAUCAGCUGUCUGUACACCUCAAGGGGGUUUAAUAGACAGUGCGACGGGUGUUGUGCUGCCGCUGCUGCCUCGAGGAUCGCUGCUUGAUGCAGGCGGGCGAAGCUUCCCGUUUCAUUUGCAGCCCCCACCUCCUUGUGUCUCUUCAUUGUCAUUUGGCUGUCCUAACGCAGAGCUUUAUGCUGCUUGGAAGCGCCUUUGUGGGGUCUGCAGCAGCUGCAGCAGCAGCAGCAGCAGCAGUAGUAGUAGUAGUAGUAAUAGAGCAAGAACAGCUAUGUAUGUGCGGCUGCUCCCUUGCCGCUGCUGCCCUCCACCAGAUGCAUGCAUCAAAUGCUUCGUAUGUGGGGCACCCUGCGACAAGGCCCCACAACGCAGCAGCAGCAGCAGCAGCAGCAGCAGCAGCAGGGAUUCCAAGCUCUCAGUCUCUAGGCUCGAAGAUAUAAACAAAAUGUGGUGGGCUUCGUCAGAGAGGCUGCGGCGGCUGUGGAGUCAUUUGCCUGCUGAUGCUCUGUCUCUUCGCAUGCUGCUUGUGCAGCAGCUGCUGCAGCGAGCAGAAGCAGCAGCAGCAGCAGCAAGGGCUGCUGCUGCUUCUGAUUCUGCUGCUGAUUCAGCAAUACAAGAAGACGGGAUCGACUCCUUGCCUCAGGGAUUGAGAGCCCUUGCUGCUGCAGCGCAGCGCCAGCAGCUGCUAGCAAUACGGGGGGCCCCAGAGCAGCAGGGUACAGCAGCAGCAACAGCAGCAACAGCAACAACAGCAACAGCAGCAGCAGGAAGCAGGACGUCUCUCUAUGAAGGGUUUGGUGAUGUGGCUGUCGCUGAGCCCCACCGCCGCUAUGCUAUUCUCCUUAUGCACAGACUGCAGCAGCGGGCGCUGUGGGAUGCACAGCGGUGUACACCGAGCGGCAACAUUGAAGUGCUUCGUCAGUACGCGAGAGCUGUUGUCUCUUCUCGCGAGGCCCCCCUGUUGAUGAGAUCUCCUUUAGAGAUGGGGUGGGGGCGCAUGCAGCCCCUGCAGCAGCAGCAGCAGCAGCAGCAGCAGCAGCAGAGGGUUGCAGGCUUUGCAACUCUGAGGGGUAAUGCAAGAAGAACUGCUGCUGAGCAGUCUCCGUUUGGUCGCGCUGCAGCAGACUAUGAAGACGAUACAGCAGCAGCAGCAGCAGCAAGAGGCAGAGGCCGCAUGCAGCGAGCAGCAGCAGCAGCAGCAGCUGCUGCUGCUGCUGCUGCUAACCGCCGCAGCAAUCGAUCCUCUGCAUCCUCCGGGCGCCGCUUGCGUGGGGGACCUUCUGCAGCUGAAGGCGACGGCUCCUCUCCCUCGCACAGCAGCAGCAGCAGCAGCAGCAGAUUUCAACGAAUUGAGAGCCCCGCAACUUCUGCUAGCGAAGAAGACCCUCGAGACAGUCAGUGGGGCGGAGAGUUUCUGUCUCCGAGGAGACAGCGACGCAUGCGUCUUGCUUCUUCAUCGUCUUCCUGCAGAUCCAGCAGCAGCAGCAGCAGCAGCAGCACAAGCAGCAGCAGCAGCAGCAGCAGCAGCGAGACCGACUCUAGUGGGGGUGUCUCCACUCGAUAUGGGUCAGCAGCAGCAGCAGCAGGACGACGCCAACGCAGGUGGAGGGUGCGUGAUGCUUUGGGGUCUCCUGCUAGAAGGGAGCAGCGCAGCAGCAGCAGCAGCAGCAGCAGCAGCAGAGUGCGGCGCAGCAACAGACUUGCAGGAAGCUUAACUGUGAAUGCUCUCGCGCUGCUUACUGAUCCCACUGUCUCCGACAGCAGCAAAAGAGAGCUGCAGCGUCUUGUAGAUCCAGAUGAAUUAAAGCUAGCCCGGCAGCACCAGCUGCUGCUGCGCAGACGCGCAGCAGCAGCAGCAGCAGCAGAAGACAGCAAACGCCUACCCCCUCAAAGAAUUGAUGCAAAUGAACGAUGCAUACACCUCAGAUGUGCUGGUCUCUCCCCCUUCCCUGUUGGAAGCAUUAUGGCUGUCAAGGAUCUGCUGCUGCUGCAGCAGCAAGCUGCAGCAGCAGCAGCAGCAGCUGCUACUGCUGCUGCUGCCUCUGCUGCUGCUGCAGUGCAACAAACAAACGCAGGGAUACUCACGCCCCAGCAGCAGCUGCUGGCCCUUUUGAAGCAGCAGCACGAAUGGAUAACAGCUCCCAGCAGCAGCAGCAGCAGCAGCAGCAGCAGCAGCAACAGGGAGUCUCCGCGAGCGCUGUCUGUCUCCGUUUCACCAGGCAUCGGUAUCUCUUCUUCGUCUCCUUCCUCAGCAGCAUCAGCAGGUGCAGCAGCAGGAGCAGCAGCAGCAGCAGCAGCAGCAGGCGGGGCCCUGCGCACUGAAAGACCCGAAGGAGGCUGCUUAAUUUGCUCACAGCUUCAUCGCUGUGCACUGUGCAGAAUCAGCAGCAGCUCUGUGCUGCUGCCUCCUCCUCUGCGUCGCUCAAUAGAAUUAGGAGAGCUUGUGGGGCCCUUUAGGGUGUAUGCACAUGAAACCAGCAGCAGCAGCAGCAGCAGUAGCAGCAGUAGUAGUAGCAGCAGCAGCAGCAGUGGGGUCCAGCAGCAACAGCAGCAGCAGCAGCAACACCGAGCCGGGAGCCUUUGGCUGCAUGUGCGGUGUCUGAUGAGCAUCACGGGGCUGCAUGCAGACCGAUUCUCUCGGGGAUUCUUUAAUCUUAAGGAGCUAACGACAGCAGCUUUAAAGAGGCGCUGCAGCUUCUGCGGUGCUGUUGGUGCUGCUGUUGAGUGCUGCGGUGUGGGGUGUCUGCAUUUCUUUCAUUAUGUUUGCUGCGCCUUGUCUUAUCUCGCUCCGGGUGCAGCAGCAGCAGCAGCAGCAGCAGCAGAUGGCAGGCAUGCAGCCUCACCCCUUGCAGCAGCAGCAGCAGCAGCAACUCCAGCAGCAACACAAGGGGCAUCAAAAGGCGUCAUCCCGGACCCGCUCUACUUUGGUAGUUUCUUGUGCCUCUCGUGCCAGCGGCAAAGGAAGCCGGAUGAUAGUCUGGCGCCUCAUUUUUCUGGCGAUGUCUUACGGAGUGCUUCGCUUCGCUCCUGGCUGCAGGGCGACCACCGCUGCAGCAGCAACAGCAGCAGCAGCAGCAGCAGCAGUAGCAGCAGCAGCAGCAGCAGCAGCAGCAGCAGGAACAUACCGGGGUCUAACAACCGUUUCCGCAUUCUUCUGCGUUCCUCUCAGGAGGAGAAGCCUGCAAUAGCUGACAGCAGCGCUGCCGCUGCAGCAGCACCAGCAGCAGCAGGAGCAGCAGGAGGAGCAGCAGGAGCAGCAGCAACAGGAGAAGGGGUAUCAUUAGAAUCAGGAGGAGCUGCUCUAUCUUAUCCUUGCUGUUUCAGCAGCCCUAGUGGGGUGUAUACACCUCAAAUCGGCGACAUUGUCCGAUACUUUCCUCAGCUGCAUCAGCAAUCCGCGCUGCAGCAAGACAAAAUUCAGCUAUGGUCCCCCAACACAUUUUCGCCGUGCGAUGCUGCUGUUAUUAAUCUGCAGUUUGUACUGCCAGGGCUUCCAGUGGCUGAGGAGCCUUUGCAGGUUUCUGCAGCUCUUGAGUUGGAGGUGCUGUCUCCUUCGCAUGCAGCAGGAGACAGAUUUAGUUUGCAUUACUAUCCCUCUUCCGAUGGGGCAGCAGACUUUCUGGUGUUGCUGCUGGACCUGCAGCGCGGCCUGUUGAGGCUGCUGCUGCUGCAGCAGCAGCUGCUCACCAUGCAGAGGGAGCACUUUAUCAAACAACAGCAGCAGCAGCAACAGUUGCUGCUGCAGCAGCAGCAGCAACAGCAGCAGCAGCAACUCGAAGAUGCCGCCAGAAGAACACCCAGACGCCGUGGAAAGAAGCUGCAUCCUGAAGACAGAGAAGGCUCAGUAUACAGCAGCAGGAGGCAACAGCAGCAGCAGCAGCAGCAGCAGCAAGACUUGUCUUGUUUCCCUCUUAUUCAGGUGUAUAUGGAUGGCCGCUACUUCCCUGCCUGUCUCCUUUCAAUUAGACCCCCAGCACCAGAAGCAACAGAGACAGCUCGUGCAUUGCUUGCUGCUGCUGCUGCUGCAGAAAAGGAGCAGCAAAAAUCACCCCAACACCAGCAGCAGCAGCAGCAGCAGCAGCAGCAGUGGCUUCUUGCUGAGGGCCCCAGGGCCCCUAGGGGCCUCCUCGAGGUUCGGCGUCUUGCGCUUGCGAGUUCGUUAAGGGCCCUAGUGGGGUCUGAUGCAUAUCCUCGCUUUCUUACUGAUACCAUCACUCUCAGCAACAGCAGCAGCAGCAGCAGCAGCAGCAGCAGGAACAGGGCUGCAAGAGAAUCUACAGGCACCUCCGUUGCUGCUAGCGAUGCAGCAGCUUGGUGUUAUGUCGCUUCCUUAGGGUAUGAAUCGAUACAAAUCCAAUACUUAAAAGAAAAGGAAGCUCCUAGGGAGGCCCCUAGGGGGGCCCCCAGGGGGGCCCCCAGGGGGGCCCCCAGAGGGGGGGGGCCCCAAGGGGGAGGGGGGCCCCCUGGGGGAGGCCCCGAGGCUUCAGGGGACCCCCUAUGGAUGAGCCCCUGGGAGGUAGACUUUGCUGCGGGGCCCCUGUAUGCUGCAGAGCAGCAGCUGCAGCAGCAGCUGCAGCAGCAAGAGUUCCCCCUUGAAAGACAGAAGUGGUUGCUGCAACAACUCGAACUACUAAUUGCUACUCCAGCAGAUGCUGCAGCAGAUAGCAGCAGCAGCAGCAACAGCAGCAGCACCAGCAAAACUUUGCGGUACCAGGCCUUCAUAGAGGACAUCCCGGAGUGGACCGAAACCAGCAGCAGCAGCAGCAGCAGCAGCAGCAGCAGCAGCGGCAGGGGCAGGAGCAGCACUAGCAGCAGCAGCAGCAGCAGCAGCAGCAGCAGCAGCAGCCCUCCUGAGUGGGUGUCUGACUACUGGAGAGAAGUUGCUGUGGGUGUGUCUCUGUCGUCUAUACGAAGGAGGCUUCAGAACGGCUUCUACCGCAGAGAAGCAGCAAUGCAUGCAGAUUUGCUGCUGCUGCUGCACAACUGCAGACAGUUCAACGCCCCUACUGAUGAUUUAUGUCUCCUGAGUGAAGAAUUGGAGAGACACUUGCUGCUGCUCCAGCUGCUGCCGCAGCAGCAACACAGACCCAUGCUGCUGCAGCAGCAAAUACACACACAGUAUAGGCUUUCGUGUCUCCUCGCAGCAUCUAUUGAGCAGCAAGCAGCAGCAAACGUCUCCUUCGUUGCUGAACACGAGAACUGGAUGCAGCAGCAGCAGCAACAGCAGCAGCAGCAGCAGCUGGGGCAGCUGCGCCUGGAACAGCAACAGCAGCAGGAGAUAUUGCUGCAGCACCACCAACAACAGCAACAUCAGCAGCAGCAACACCAGCAGCAGCAGCAGCAACAACAAGAACAAGAACAACACCAACCGCAGCAGCAGCAACAGCAGCAACAAGACAUGCAGCAGCAGCAACAAGACAUGCAGCAGCAGCAACAAGACAUGCAGCAGCAGCAACAACAGCAACAGCACCAACAGCAACAGCAGCAGCAGCAGCAACAACAACAGCAUCUGGGAGGAGACAGCGGCAUCAUUGCGUCCUCUUCGACUCUCCCCACAACAGCAGAAGAAACAGGAACAGCAGCAGCAGCAGAAGCAGGAACAGAAGCAGCAACAUCAACAGGAGCACCAGAACCGAGCCCUGCAGCACCAGCAGCAGCAACUGCAGCAACAGCAACUGCAGCAACAGCAACUGCAGCAGAAGCAACUGCAGCAGCAGCAACUGCAGCAGCAGCAACUGCAGCAGCAGCAACUGCAGCAGCAGCAACUGCAACUGAUGCUCCUCAAGGUGGGAAGGGCUCCAAGCGCGGUAGCAGCAGCAGCUCCACCAGAAGCAGCAGCAGCAGCAGCAGCAGCAGGAGGUUCGUGCACUUAGAGAUGCAUCUCCAGCGGGCCCGCCGCAGCAGAAGGCUGGAGGCAGAAGAGCAGCACCAACAGCAGCAGCAGCAACAGCAGCUGCAGCAGCAGCAGCAGCAGCUAGAGUGGAGUCCUUUAGGAGAUAUGAACGGCGAGUCUUCUGUCUGUUCAUCAGAUGGUAUCUCUGUGAAAAGAGCUUCUCCUGAAGACAAGCAGCAACAAGAAGCAACGCUGCUGCAGCAGCCUGAGCGGCAGCAGCAGCAGCAGCAACAGCAGCAGCAGCAGCAGCAGCAGUGGCCUGUGGCUGUUGCUGUCUCUUAUGACGAAGCGGAAGACCCCUCAGAUAUAUUGAAGCCCCGCAGCUGCAAGUUUAAUGAGGGUGGAGACAGCAGCCCAGAUACCGCAGCAGCAGCAGCAACAGCAGCAACAGCAGCAACAGCAGCAGCAGCGGGAGAGUACGACAGCAGCGACGAUGAAGGUGUUUGUUCAACUGCUACUCUAACCCACUCACCACCACCAGCAGCAGCAGCAGCAACUGCUGCUGCUGCUGCACCAACCCGCAGGAAACGUUUGCGCUGCAGCAGCUCGCAACGGGAGUCCCCCGAGAAGAGACAUCAUCAUCAUCAGCAGCAGCAGCAGCAGCAGGAAGGGGCUGCAGCCUCAGUGUCUGCUGGGGCUUCUUCAAGUAGAGCUGAGAGGGGUGGUGAGCAGCAGAGACAAACAGGAGACAGAAAAAGAAACAGCAGCAGCAGCAGCAGCAGCAACUUAAGGGCUCGGAACAGCGGGGGGCGACGCUCAGCAGGGAAUAGACCGUCGCAGCAGCAGCAGCAGCAGCAGCAGCAGCAGCUAUUUGAGAACGGCAGUGCGUACGACGAAGGCCCUCAAGAUGAAUGGGCAGAGCUGCAGCGAGCGAUGGAGUUGAGUUUAAAGACAUUUGAAGAAGAACAAGCAAGACACCAGCAGCAGCAGCAGCAGCAACAGCAGCAGCAGCAGCAGCAGCAGCAGCAGCAGCAGGGAAAUGGCGUGGAGGGGACGCAAGCUGAAGACGCAGCAGCAGCUGCGGAUGCUGCUGCAGCGACAUCGAAAUAUAUGAACGCCUCGCUGCAGGGAGGAGACAGAGAGGGACAAGUUGCAGCAGCAGCAGCAGGAGACACAGCAGCAGGAGACACAGCAACAGCAGCAACAACUGCUGCUGCUACUGACCGAAAAGAAAAGCGCAGCGGGAAGCGGCGCCGCCAGCAGCAGCAAAAUUAG